GUAAAACCAAAAGGGCGACAACUUAGUAAAUUUCAUCAUAUGAGAAAACGAGGAUGAAACGACAGUUCUGAUCUGCCGUGAAAAAUGAAGACUGCUGCCGAGUCAGGGAACACGUAGCGAGCUGUGAUGAUGGAGGAUUUAUCCACUCGCAUGGACACUAGUGCGGGGGGGUUCAGUGCCAACUCUCCAAGUCACAUGACUCAGUUCUGAUUCUGCAAAUUGAAAAAACACUUAAUGUCGACGGUGGAAGAUUUAACCCGAGUUUAAAUUUCUAAAAAACACUCUGCAGCCAAAUUCUCUGCCUUCGCUGAAUCACUGUCUGUCCUCAUCUGAUGGUUUCAGACAACGAGUCCAUGAGCAACACAAACUGAAUCAGGCCGAGUGGAAACAAAGAUUUACGGUUAAAUAAAUUAAUCAAAUAAAUUGGGGCGGGUUACAUUAUUAUUACUACGACAGAUCAGAUGAUAAAUGUGAAUUUCCACAACACUAAUUCCAUCGGUGGAUCAACAGAGUCGCUUUCAUUUUUUUAACAGAAUUUAUAUUUUCAAACUCUUAAUUUAUUCACGUCAUUUCCUUUUUGCCUCCUGAUCAGCUACUGUCAACACUUCCGGAUUAUUUUUUCAAAAUAAAAGCCUAGUCGUGAAAGAAAGCCUUUUCCCGACUGUAAAAGUUCUCCAGGUGCAGGAGUGAUGUUUUUUUUUUUAUACUGGUUUAUAAAUUCAGUGGUUCUGUACUUCCAGAUCAUUUUCUUAUGAUGAAUCGUAUAUUUUCCUAUUAAUCACAUGCAAAAUAUUGACUUAUUAAGUUGGUAAACUUCCGUUAAUUUCCAAAUGCAGAGUCGGCACAACCGGCAGGAAACUUUUAAAAUAUGAAGAAUUCUAAACAGAGUUUGGUGGAUUUGUUUCAUCUGCAGGAUUUAGAGGAAACUCUCACCUGCUGCUUCACAAUCCUUUAAUUUAAUGCCCAGUAGCAGGUGAGAGUCGGGGAGUCUGGCUCCAGAGUCAAAGGGCUACUAAUGAGGUUCAUUUAAGAGCACUUGAAAUAAUCAGCUGUUGUUUCUGUUUUCUGUUAUUUUGACGGGGAAAUAAUUGUUUUGUUAAACUGAUCUAUUUUUCCAGGAAUCUUUUCAUCUCUUGAGUCACUAAAAUAUAAUUUCUGUGUAACUAUUCAGGUAUUCAGAACCAGAUGCUGCAAUCGUUUACAUGUGAAAUAUUGCACCAGUUUUUACUGAUUAAAAAUCAAUUCUUCUUACUUACUGUUUUUAUUAAUGUGGCUGACGUGUGACACUGAGCAGUCAAUUAUUAAAUCCAUACAAUGAGCAUAAAUCAGUCAGAUCAACUCACCUCUGCCAUAAUAAAUUCUAUAUUACAUAUUCUAUUAAGUCAAUUCUUUGCACUUUUUAUAUAUGUAUGUAUUUAUAGUUAAAGUUAUAAUAUGAUAAAUACAUUUGACUAAAAUAUGAAUUACAUCUGGCCGACCUUCCUCUUUCCAUAAUAUACAUUUUAAAACUUGUAGAUUCAGAGAAUCUCACCUCAUCUGGUAACUUAAUCCUCAUCUGGUAAAAUAGCUUUAUCUAUAAAUAUUUAUAUAAUUCACUGCAGGUAUUUUAUUGCCUUAUUCUUUAUCAAAUGAUCAAUUCAGUCCCUUUAACAAUAUCAUCAUUUUUCUUUUAACUUUGUUAUAAUUCUUCUGUAAUGAAGCUAUGAGGGAUCAAGAAAUAAAUGUUUAUUUUUUAAACAAAGUUUGAAUACCAAUGGUGUAGAUCUUUAAGUCACACUUACUUUUUAUACAUUCAAACUUUUGGGGUUUGAAUAUUUCCUUCAUUGUAAAAUCAGCCGAAUGUUAGCGAACAUUUUAACUGAAUGUUCUAAAAUCUGAUAAAAUAUUACAGAAGAUAGUUUUGCCACUAUGUUACUUUAGCCACCAGUAGGCGGUGCUGCAGCCCCCUCAGAAUCCCUACUCCCAGUGAAACAACAAAAGCCCCCUGACCAUAAUGUGAUUAAGGACAAUGUGGGGAAAAGAUGUCAUAACACCACCUGACAAAUGUUAGAUUUAUUUUCUUUUCCUUUUCUGUUGAGUCAGAUUUUCACUCAUUUCUACGUCUGUCAUCGUCUGAACUCUGACCCACAAACUCUGGGACAUUAAAGACUUUUUUCAAGUCUUCGGUUAAAAGCAGACGCAACAUUUAAAAACGGCCAACUGGAAAUAAACCAACCCCUGAUGGAUGAGUUUAAAAUCUUGAAAUAAUGAGAUUUAAAGAAGCUUAAAAUCAAAAAGACACAACUCGGUGUGUGAGCUGGACUCUUCUGCCUGGAUGUUCAGCAGGGACGUAAAUACCAGCUUUAAUUUGAAGCAGCAGAAACAUGUGCUGCUCAUUUCUCCAGGAAUCAAAGGUUACUUGUCUUCAGUCAGUCUCAUGCACUGCAGACACAGAUAUGUUUUAUGUUUUUCAACCCAUCUGAUAUUUUAUAAAUAUGUUUGUCCUUAAUCCUUAUUUUUUUAUAUAUCAUAUGAUGUUAAACUAUAUUAUAGUUGAAAAUGAUGAUUUUUACAGUUUAAACUCGCUCUAAACUGAUAUGAAAAUAAAAUGACAUUUGUUUAAAACAUAUUAAGGUUAUUUUUAAUUCAAGCAUAUAGAAGUUGUAAGUCUACUUUUCUUGCAUUUGUGUAAAUCGACAUGUUUGCUUCACACUAUAAAAUAUAAUUUUCUUCUAUCGUCAAUGACAGAAAGAAAAAAACACUUUUAAACUUUCGAAUGAAGAGAAACUUUGACACAGUGAUGUGGUAUAAACAGUAAAUCUCUCUGGAUGUUAACGGUGGCUGUAGUGAAGCCGGGGUUGGGACGGGGCUGGGUCAGAGGAAUUCACACACAGACAACUACUGUGGGAACAAACAGGGUUAGAAGAGAAGGUGAAGCUCAUCCUGUGGGAAACACAACGUCUACACAACCUGUGAGUAUCUGUCUAAAUGUAAAGCUGUUAAACAGAUCGUGUGUUUAGAGGAUCUCAGUGUUUUGUCACCACUUAUUUUCUCUACCAAGCAGUGACUCUCAUAUAUUGAAAAUCUGUAAGGUUUCAUUACAACAGAAAGAUAAACGAGAUUUAACAAUGUAUAACACUAUGUGAAUAUUUAAUGGAGACCUGGUGCAUCUCCUCAAAAUACUGUCCAAUCAUAUUUAAAUACUAUUCAUACUUUAUUCUUUAUAAUGCAUGUACAAAGUGUUUUCUGUUUUAAAUUAUUUUAUUAUUAAUUAUGUUAUGUUUUACUUUGAUAAUGAACAUGUAAUUGAAUCUUUUAUUUAUAGGGUUAGAUUUUAAUGCUUUAUUAUGAUUAUGUUGUACUUGGAUAUUGUACAUAUUUGCAUAUAUAUGUAUAAAGUUUAUCAUUUUAAAACCAUUUUAUGUUCAAUAAGAAUGAUGAUUGCUAACUAUGUAUAGUGAUUUUAUAUUAAGUUCAUUAUUAUGUUUAGAUAGUGUCAGGAGAUGAUAAGAUGCAUCUGUGAUCCCCAUAUUAUUUGUUUAUUUAAGUAUAUAUUUUCAAAUCAUUAUACAUUUUUAUAAAUGUUAAUUUCAAUUUGUGUUUCCUGAUAUUUGAAUAAGUCGUUAACAUGCACGGCCUGUGUUUACAUUCACUUCUGAUAUGAACAGUUUCCAGGGACGAUGGCAAAUCCACAAGUUCCUGUCGCGGCCGUGUGUCCUCUGGGAGACAGUCCGGUUCAGGUUGUCUGUCCUUCAUGUCACCAGGCCGUCCUCACCAAGGUGGACCACACCUCUGGUUUGCUCACCUACCUGCUCUGUGGGGGUCUCUUCUUCUGUGGCUUUGUUUUAGGUUGCUGUCUCAUUCCGUUCUGUGUGAACCGGAUGAGGGACGCCAGCCACUCCUGUCCCACCUGCAAGACGGUUCUGGGGGUUUAUAAACGCUUAUAGCCGAGCUGCAACAAUCGCGUCAUCCAUUUAAAUAGUUGAUCAACAGCAGAUUAAUCACAGCUGUAUGAAUAGUUGAAUUCAAGUUUCUUUUGUCAUUUUUUUUAACAUAAAAAACUAACAUUUGUUGGAUGUUGUGAUUCUUAAAUGUGAGAAUUUGAUGUUUUUCUUCGUCCAAAAAAAUUAAUAAUAAUAAUAACUUUUCUAUCUUUUCUAUUUCUACAUCCAUGUUUGUGUCCCUGUAAAAUGACCUGACAACUUUUUCCCCGCUUCAUCCUCAAUAAAC